AUUUAUAAACUUAUUCGCUCUGUUUAAUCGCUCAGAACUUUAUCAAUCUACUAUCUAUUGUUUUGUUAGUUAAGUCGCUUAGCAACAGUGAACAAAUAGCAGUAAUUGACAGGAAACAAUAAUUAUAUAAAUUUAUAAAUCUGAACAAAGUUUUCUGACACAAUGAGCAGGUAGUCCAAUCCUAUUCUUACUUUUAUUUUCAAUUUCAUUUGUUUUUGUUUUGUUUUUUCCCUCCGUCGUGGGCGUAUAUUAUAAUUAUUGCGAAAGUCAAUCGAAGUUUGUGUAAAUUAGGCCUAUUCUUUAAGAAUAAGCGAAAAGUCACAAUUUGUUAAGGAUAAUCAAGAAGUGAUUUCAAAAUCCCGAAUAAUGCAUAUUUUAUAAUAAACAACCUUGAGUUCACUUUUCAGGAAAUGAAAGGAAGAGAGGAGAGAAGUUUUAACGCUAAUUUUUUAUCCGAUUGGCCAUGUACAUCUCAAUUAAAACAAAUAACUUGCCGAAGUGCAUUCAUGGUCAGUAUGUUAUUAUGUUAAAUGAUGUCCGGUAACGUAAAUUACGUAGCAAUUACAGUAAUGAGUUGACAUAAAAUAUUACUGAAUAUAUGAAAUGUGGAAUUCUGGUUGUUUUAGUUGAGCUUAUGUAUAAAAGAAUUUAUAAAUGUACGAAAGAUAAAAGAAAAGAUGAAAGCUUCAGUUUUUGAGUUGUCAAUUUUGGUAUUUCUUAUAAAUCAGUGGCUUGUGGAUAGCAUAACUUUUGUAGUACCUCCAGAAAAAUUUCUCAAACACAGAGCAAAGAUGUCAUUGGAUUGUCAUAAAAAGUACAGAUCUUUCAAAGGAGACGCUGGUAAAAAAUACUGUAAAUUUUUUUAUUCAUACGCUGGUCUUUGCUGGCCACCAAUUGAAGUUAAUACCAAUGUAACACUGGAAUGCGACCAAGUCUUCUUCAGUGGUCAAAUAACAAGAAAUUGCUUUCUAAAUAAGAAUGUAUCAGACGAUACCAUUUACACUGGAAAAUGGCAAAAGUUUUCAGAAAGGCAAUACCAUCAACGCUGUAUAAGGAGACCAAUUGAAGUUGUUAAGAAAUAUUUUGAGAAUUAUGCUUUAGAGAAUAAAUUAACCACAAGAGAAAUUCUCGAUGCAUCAAACAAACUACGGGAACAUUAUAUGCGCAUCACAGAAAUGCAGUACUGUAUGUUCUAUAUAGGAAUAACAUUAUGUACGAUCAGUCUCUGUGUUCUGGCGUGGUUAUAUCCAUGGACAGAUAUUCGAAUCAACAUACACCGACAUGUCAUAUUUGCUUUUUUGUGCAAUUACGUUAUUAUUGUUGCCUACCAUCUUUACCUGGAUUCUUCGCGUUCCCAAAACCAAUUAAGGGAGGUAAAAAAAUUGGUCCACGUUUUUUCUUUUUACACGAGCUUAAGAUUACUUUACUACUAAUAGCGGUACAUGUUGAGCGAUCCAACAUAUCCGAUAUAUUUUAUUAGAAAUAGACAAUUCAACUUCAGGAGAUCCAAGAAAUACAAUGAAGAUGAAAGUAGAUGAUCACUUUGAAAUUAUCAACAGCGAUUCACUUUUCUGAAUACUUUCCCUUGCAAUAAUUACUUGAUUAAAUCUGAUUGGUCAAAAUAUUGUUUAAAAUUGUUUAUUCAGGUAACGUUGUAUGAAAUCGACAUAUUAAAUUAUUAAGCGAUUUCAUA